AUGCCAACUGGAAAGGGCUUGACACUGCUGUCCUUGAUGCUCACCAUCGCGGGCACAGCGCUGGUAGCUACUGGGCAAAAAGCAGAGCAACCAGAAGUGGAGACCAACUACGGGAGAGUCCGAGGGUACCAGUUCCACGUAGAUGCAGCCGAGAAGAGUGUCAAUGUCUUUCUGGGACUUCCUUUUGCUAAGCCUCCACUUGGACCACUGAGGUUUUCUGAACCCCAGCCACCUGAGCCAUGGAAAGGUGUCAGAGAUGCCACUUCCUACCCACCAAUGUGUCUACAGGAUAAAGCCCAAGGACAACAUUUGUCAGAUCUUAUCACUAACAGAAAAGAAAAAGUUGCUCUCCAAAUGUCUGAGGACUGCUUAUACCUCAAUGUGUAUACCCCUGAUUCUACAGAGGCACCAGAGAAGCUGCCUGUCCUUGUAUGGAUCCAUGGAGGUGGAUUAGUUUUGGGAGCAGCUUCAUCAUAUGACGGUUCAGCACUAGCAGCCUUUGACAACGUGGUGGUUGUAACCAUUCAGUACAGACUGGGUAUCCCUGGCUAUUUUAGCACUGGUGAUCAGCAUGCCCGGGGGAACUGGGGGUAUUUGGAUCAAGUAGCAGCUCUUCAGUGGAUUCAGGAGAACAUCCUCCAUUUUGGAGGAGACCCAGGAGCUGUCACUAUCUUUGGAGAAUCUGCAGGAGGAAUCAGUGUUUCUGCUCUUGUCUUAUCUCCCCUGGCAAAAGGCUUGUUCCACAAGGCCAUUUCAGAGAGUGGCACUGCAGUCAGGCUUCUGUUCACUGACCAGCCCCAGGAGGAAGCACAAAGGAUUGCUGCUGUUGCUGGCUGUGACAAAUCCAAUUCAGCUGCAAUGGUGGAAUGCUUAAGAGGAAAAACAGAAGAAGAGAUAAUCGAGAUAACACUAAAAAUGACUGUGCUGUUCGUUGGUGGCUGUCCAGAUGGUGUAUUUUUGCCAAAGACCCCCAGGGAAUUACUAUCUGAAAAAAUGAUCAAUCCAGUUCCAUAUAUUAUAGGAAUGAAUAACUGGGAGGCUGGAUGGUUAGUUCCUACGAUGAUGAAUUUCCCUGAUUUGAGAGAUGGUCUGGAUAAGGAUGUUGCACAUCAACUUUUGCAUAACACCUUGGCAUUAUUUGACCCUAAGGCUGCUAGUUCUGAAAUUGUUGACCAAGUAUACAAGGAGUACAUUGGGAAGGCAGAAAACCGUGCUGAGGUGCGAGAUGGUCUUCUUGGUGCAAUAGGAGACUUUAUGUUUGUUUCCCCAGCUGUUGAAGUGGCCAGAUACCAUAGAGAUGCUGGCAACCAGGUCUACUUCUAUGAAUUUCAGCAUCGACCAAGCUCAGCGGCAGGGGUGGUGCCAGAGUUUGUGAAAGCAGAUCAUGCAGAUGAGAUUGCCUUUGUCUUUGGAAAGCCUUUCUUAGCUGGACAAGCUACAGAAGAAGAAAGCAAACUUAGCAGAACUAUGAUGAGAUACUGGACUAACUUUGCUAAAAAUGGACAUCCCAACGGAGAAGACCUGGUCCAUUGGCCUCAGUAUGAUCUGGAUGAGCAAUACCUGGGAAUAGACCUCGUGCAAAAAGCAUCCAAGAAACUGAAAGAAGACAAAAUGGAGUUUUGGAGACAGCUCACGGAACAAAUGAUGAAGGAAAAGAGACAACACACAGAUUUAUGA